AUGCCUUCCCAGAUCCUCGUCACCGAGCCUCACCCCACCGUGGCACCAAACACCUACAUCUACUCCGGCCGAGGCGGCGCCGGUAACAUUUUCCGGGCCCCUGUGACGACGCCCGCCGCCGGCAUCACCACGCCCCUCAAGCCCGCCGUCGUUCACGGACCCCGCCGCUUCUACUCGGGCAUUGGCGGUGCAGGCAACUGCCACACGGCGCAGGAGCGGCCCGUCCGCACCUUUGACGAGGACUUUCAGCGUCAGGAGGUCCGCGACCGCGCUGCCGUUGGCCACGUCGGUAUCGGCGGCGCCGGCAACGUCAUGCGCAAGGGUUCUGAUGCCUCCUCCGUCCUCAGCGACGAGUCGUCGGCCUCGGAGGUGUCCUCCCUCAAGUCGCUCAAGGAGCGUGGCGGCAACCUCUGGCGCCGCGUCACCUCCAAGGCGAACUGA